AUACUAGUGAACAUUGUGAAAUAUUGUUCCUAAAUACGAUUUAAGCAAUGCUUCGACCGGAUCGUAUAAUAGUCCGUGUUGCGUCUGUGCAAACAAAAUUAGAUUUUAUCCGAACAAAAGUGGUUAAAUCCUCUUCUAUUUUGAACCCCGCGGAAAAAAUAAAACUAUACCAUAAAGAGAACAAGGAAUUGUUCGGGCCAUUGUUAGAUAGGAAGAAACCAAAGAAAACUCGUUUGCAAAAGUCUACUAAAAAUAGCCAAACGUCGCAUCAAAACAACAAACCGGGAGUAUCAAGUGAAAGUACGCAGAAAUAUAGUGCUUCGGAACAUGUGCUUCGUUGUUUGAAUUACGAUCGGACUUUUGGGAUUUUUAAAAGUAAUAUGUGGCAAAAUACGAAGAAUUGUAUCAACUACGCUGCAGUUUUACUAAACAAUAAUGCUCUUAGAGGAAUAAAAACAUUUGCUGUGAGUAAUACUGCAAGGAGUUCAGCUGCUGAAACUGGCUAUGUCAGUGAAGACAAGAUUCUUCAAAUCAAACCACAUCAAAAUGAUUUUGCAAAACAGUACCCAUCGGUCACACUGAUCUUAAAUAAGACCAUGACAGAUGACUCAAGAGUUGCAUUAGAAAAAUGGAAGAAGGAACGGAUAGCUGAAAUGGGCUUGGAUGAAUUUAAUAGAUUUUAUGAAGCACAAUUAGCACUUGGAACUAAAUUCCAUAGUACAUUGAAGAACUAUUUUACGCAGCCCCGUAGUCAACUAAGAAUUGAUAAAGAUAUCGAACCAGUAUGGGUGUCUGUGGGUGAAGUACUGAAGAAUAUAUCGUCACCCAAAGCUAUCGAGUCAAAUGUGGUACAUCCUGUAUUAAAGUACAGAGGGAUAUUUGAUGCUAUAGCCGAUUAUGAGGACAGACCUACACUAAUUGAAUGGAAAAAAUCAGAUAAGCUUAAAAAAGCAAUAUCUUUAACAUAUGAUAAUCCAGUUCAGUUGGCAGCAUACUUUGGUGCGGUCUGUAAUGAUCUUAAUUACAAGCAUUUGAAUGUGCGAGAUGCUCUAUUAGUAAUAGCUUAUACUGACGGAUCUAAAGCCGAUGUAUUUCAUCUGUCCACUGACAAACUGCGAGAACACUGGGCCCAAUGGCUGAUCAGAUUGGAGGAGUACACAAAGAAAUACAGUGAGGAUUCUGAAAAGUUACUCAAAGGUGGGAAAAGAUUAUUUGAAGAGGAUAUCGGGAAUCUCUAAUUAUGUGUAAGCAUAAAGUCAAGAAUUAUGCCGGAGUGAAGAUGAAAAUUGACUGAACUAAUUGAAGAUUUGUGACAUUGCAAUUAUGUACUGAUUAAAAUGUAUAGAGAUUAGCAUUUCUUAGAUUGUAUCCAUUGAUUUUGAAUCUGUAACACUUUAUAUUGUGUAAAAAUAAAUUUUAUUCGCACAAGCUACAAUCAUUCUUUAAACA